UUGGCUGCCGCGCCUGUCGAUCGGAGGAGGAAGGCGGGGCGGACGCGCCGGCCGGCCAAUCGCCGCGCGGACCUGCCCGUUCCUCCGCGGCUGUGGCGGUGUUGCGCAUGCGCGGUGCGCAGGGCGGGAGGGAGGGAGGCGCUGAGGGGCGGCCCCGUCAUGGCGGCGCGGCGGGCGGUGGCCGAAGGUGGCGGCGGGCGGGAGGCGGGGGCGGCGCUGCCCUCCCCUCACGGUGCUCUCUCCCCUCACGGUUCGCUCCCCGCCUGUGUUGCAGGACUGCUCCGGGAGCUGCUGCGGGAGGAGGCCCCGGGCCGCAUCGCCGCGCUCACCGAGGAGCUGUUCCGGGCGGCGGGGAGCCUCGGCGGGGAGGCGGGGGCCGAGCCGGAGGUUGAAGAAGGUGCAAUCAGCCUGUGGAACUGGGCUGUGACCAAGCACAUGGGUUCUGUCAUCAAUGACGAGCAAAGAGCUAAGCUGCGAUUUGUUGCUUGUAGACUGGUGUGCCUUUGUGAAGGCAGUGAUCCUCCGGAGGGGACUAUUCGAAGACAGAUUUUGAUGUCAAUGAAAACUGGUAAAGGAUGGAUAGAUAUUGGAAAAGCUGAUCUUGCUGAUGAAUUUCUAGAGAUUGCCUUGAAUAGCAUAGAAAAACUGUACACAAAAUUACGUAAGGGGAGCGAUGGUGAAGCAGAUAUUCAUGUGCACAAAGCUGAUGUGGAGAAGGACCUCUUCAAAGUGCUCUCUUAUCAGGCUGAAUCAGCAGUUGCUCAAGGGCAUUUUCAGAAAGCUGUGAUGUGUGUGCAGCGCUGUAAAGAUAUGUUGAUGAAGUUGCCAAAAGAGACCUGUUACCUGUCCAUCCUCUGUUACAACUUUGGGGUGGAAACCUAUGAACGGAAGAAGUAUGAACAGAGCUCCUUUUGGCUCAGCCAGAGUUAUGACAUUGGGAAGAUGGAUAUGAAAUACUCUGUUGGCAAAGAAAUACGGGUAAGAAAAAGAGAAUUUGCUGUUUACACACAGGAGGAUUUUGUUAACCUGACUCUAGUGCUACUGCUGUGCUCACAAGUGCUUCUCCCCCCUGCCACUAUGCAGGUAGGAUUUAAAGUCUUAGUUUGUUUUUCUUUCCAGGCAAAGGUGCUGCGACUGUUAGCUACAGCCUAUUUUGAGUGGGAUUGUAAGCAGUAUCUUGACAAGGCACUGAAGGCUAUAAGCUUGGCAAAUGAGGAGAAUUUACAUCCAGCAGGGUUUUUUCUGAAAGUUAAAAUUCUUCUUAAAAGUGGAGCAUCAGAUGAAGAGAUCAACUCAGCUGUUGCAGAAUUCAUGCACCAUGAGUUGUCUUUAGACUUUUGUUUGAAUGCUGCUAAACUGCUGCUGGAGAAUGGAAGGGAAUCAGUUGGGUUUGAUUUUCUGAACUCUGUUGCUGGACGAUUUGAAUCUUCACCUGACCUUGGAAAAAUAACCCUGCUCUACAUUGAGUUCCUGUUGCAGAAUAAGAGGGAGCUGCUUGCUAAGCAAAAGGUUGAAGAAAUUAUUAUAGGUCAUUAUACUGGAAAACAGCUGUUGUCUGAAACCUUGAACCAGCUGCACAUCAUCUUGUGGGACACAGCUGCCAAACAUUAUGAGGCAAAAAACUAUUCUGAAGCUCUUCACUGGUACAACUAUUCUGUCAGCUUCUACAUGCCUGGGCAAAUAGAUCAGAAUUUGGCUAAGUUGCAGAGGAACAUGGCUUCUUGCUAUCUUCAUCUGAAAGAAGUUGACAAGGCUAAAGAGGCAGUUAAAGAAGCAGAGAGGUGUGAUCCAAACAGCAUCUUUACCCAAUUCAGUGUCUAUAAGAUUGCAGUGAUGGAAGAUGAUACUGAUAAAGCUGUGGAAGCAGUUAUUGAAAUGGGGAAGCUAGCAGAAAAGUCAUCUCAAUGUGAAGACAAACCGACAGUGGAUGAAAAUACAGGCAGUAACCUCCUGAGUUUAGCUGCCCAAAUUGCUUUAGAGAAUGAACAACAAGUUGUGGCUAUCAAAGCUUUGGAGUAUUUAUCUGAACAUUCACGAGACUGCCGACAAGUAUUUGCAGCUCUAAAAUGCUUGGUUCGUCUUGUGUUGUCAAAGGUCGUAGUAGAAAAUGAAGAGAAAAGAAAUAAAGAUAUCAAGUCAAUGCUGACUUAUUUAACCUUAGCUCACAGGAAACUUGCUGAGCCUUUCACAGAAGAGAAUUUGACAAGGGACAUAAGGACCUUUGAAGCCCACUGGUUUAGAAAAGUUGCUUGGAACUUAGCUGUACAGUUCAAGGACUGCCCUGAAAAGAUGAGGGAUUUUUUUGUGCUGUCUUUCAAGUUGUCCCAGUUUUGUCCUUCUGACAAAGCUGUUCUAAUUGCUCAGAAGACAUGCCUGUUAAUGGCAGCUGCGAUUGAUCUUGAACUGGGGAGACAGCAAGUAACAUCUUCUGAACAGAUGGAGUUUUUGACUCAGGCUCUUCAACAUCUCCAGGCAUGCAAGGAGGUAUGGAAAGUUCUGAAAUUAACAGGAGAUUUUGCUAAAGAUCCCACAGACACUUUGUUGCUGCUGUAUGAAUUUGAAGCAAAAUCCAAACUUAAUGAUCCAACACUCAAUAGCCUUAUGGAGUCAGUAUGGGAGCAGCCACAAAUAGAGGUCAAGACACUAGAGAUCAUUGCAUCAUUAGCAAUGGAACCUCCAGCUCGAUAUCCUGUACUGUGUAAGAAAGCUUUGCAGGGUGCACUAAACCUUCACAGGAAGCAGACUGCCAUUGAUGCUGUGAAAUUUAGCAAAUGCUUACAUAGUUUGAUUAAUCUUUCUUUGCCAACUGGAGUAACUGACUUGGAUGCUUGUGUGCUGCAAGAGGUAUGGGGCUACUUUGAAGAUGCUCUGAGUGUGAUCAGCAGCACAGAUGGUUACCCAGAGAUGGAGAUCCUUUGGUUGAUGACAAGAGCCUGGAAUACAGGAAUAUUUCAGUAUACCAUUGGUAAAUAUAAGGAAGCAGAGCAAUGGUGUGGAUUAGGAAUGCGUUUCCUCAAUCAUCUAGGAUCUCUGAAGAAAACCUAUGAAGGCCAUAUGGUUGGUCUUUAUAGUGAGGUUCUGGACAAAUUGGACAGAGCAAAAGGGUUUAUUCCAAAUGAAGAAUAAUGAUAGCCAUAACUGGAAGGAGGACAGCAGUCUCUUGGAAACAUCCUGCUGACUGAAGGAGGCUGUUAGCUCUGCAGCAAGGCAUGAGGUCACAGGAGCAGUGGAAAAGAAACCAGGAUCUCCCUCUUGUUGGUGAUUAAGUUGUAUACUUUUUAGGAAGCAUUUAUUGAAUAAAUGUAAUUGUUUUCCUCUAGGGAAAAAGUUUCAUUCUGUGGAUCUGUAUAACAGAAAUAAAUAUAUAGCUGUCUCAUGAGAUGGGCCUGCAGUCGUGGAACAGGUUAAUUUAAAUAUUAAAAUUUAAAUUCAGUAGUAAGUGGCACUAUGAACAAUAAAAGUAUUCCAAGACCACGCAUCUCCUCUGGAUGCCAUAGAUGCCUUGCUACGUAAAUAUUUAUUAGAUUGUUUAGUUUUCAGUCCAUUUUGUUGUGGAUAAGAAUUUAGAGCUGUUUGCCAGGAUCACAGUUCAGUUAGAAUAUAAAAGAGCAGGUGCUACAGAAAAAAAGCUAAAGCUUUAACUUGGUACUACUUUUGUAUAGAAUCCUGACUGGGACAUGCCAUGCAUAGUUCAGCAUUGUAUACAUUUGUAUAAUUUUUAACUGGGCAUACAUCCUAUAAAUGUUUUUUUCUGCUUUUUCUGUAAGAAAAUUCAAGUUCCCCUGAGGGACAUUGUCAUUUUGGGUUCUCUUUGUUUGCUUACUAGAGAGCUGUAAGUGUGUUGCUGCUUGUUCUUUACAAACUGUACACAGAAGGGAGGGCUGAUAGACCAGUGUGCUGAUGGAGCAGUAUAUUUCAGCUAUAAGAUCAUCUGGUUUGUGUUUAGUAUUUAUCUAACUUCAUUAAAAAAAUAUAUAUAUUAUUUAUGACCAGAUUAUUAAAGCCUAUUCAGAAAGAGGACAGCUACUAACAGCAGGAUGCUGACUAUAGGAAAGAAGAAAUUGCAGCAGUUGUGCUGCAUUCUGAAAGAAGAGCUUACUGUGCUUAGUGCAGUGGCCUGGGCCCUUCCAAACAAGAAGUAAUUAAAACCGUUACCUGCACUGCAUCCUCUAGGUUCCAUGGACAUCUUCUUUUCCCAGUCUGAGCAGACCAAAUAAUACGAGUGAUUUCUGCUUUUCAUGUGCACCAGGCACCACGUUGAAACCAGCCUCCAGCAUAGCUGCCACAUCCUCUUGCCUGUUACGCAGAUGGAUACUGGCUCGUUUCCUGAAGGCAGAUACGUGCAGGCGUGUGGCAGCGUGGCAUUUACAGCAACCAUAAGUUGGAACAUAUUGUACCAGAUACUUUGCAGUGCUGCAUGGGUCAGUAUCAGCAAAGGUAUUCCUUGCUGCUUGUGCAUCUCUUUGGUGCCUGCCAGGCCACCUUUAAUUAUGGUUCUUGGUUUUGACUUGCACAAAUAAACAGGUAAAGGUGUCAGACUGCACCAGAGGAGGUCACGUUUGCCCAGGAAGUAUUGCAGGUAAUUACAUACAGCCACAGAGGGGCAUUAAGGGUGUUUUUGCCUACAGCCAGAAUUGUUUGAAUUCUUCCCUUGGAGAUGCUCAGUUUGAUUUCUAUUAUACUACAGACUUUACUAAUGAGUCCAAAUCAGAUCAGUUAUAGACACUGCUGAUGGUACAUCUUAAAUUGUCACUGCUUGUUUUAACAUUGUACACUUCAUUCCAGACAUAAGCUUUUCCAUAGGUUUUAAGCAGGGCAAAAAUGCCUCUUUUAGUUGAAUCAGACCUUAAUUAGAUCAAUUUCCAAUGACCAUUUCCAAGAGGUAGUUUGCGUGCAAACACCCUGCUUUGUAGGCUGAGUUUGCUAGCAUAGAUGAAGGCUGAUCCAUUUAAGUUGGUUUCAAGUUUUAUUUCACUAAGCUAAACAUUGCGUUAUAGCUCAGUUGAGCUAGGAUGAGUAUGGGUAUAAAUCUUCCUAAGUCAGCAAAAGCUGACCUGAAAAAAAA